GUGAGAAGUUGCUAAUAAAAGGACACUCCUAACUCGAACAUGCUCAUCCGCGUUGCGGCAAAUCCGGCAGAUCUACACAGAUCAAAAGCUCGGAAUCCAACAGCUGCGGACGCCUUGCGUGUGUCGAGGAGUUGGCCACCUUGCCAGUGUUUCCGUCUCGUUGGUAUCGGCAAUUGUCUCCCCGCGUACUUUUCUGCUUUCCGCUUUCAACGCGCUCAUCUUCACACACAACAGAGGGCGGUUCCUGGGGAGGCGUCGCCAGUCGGGUACGCACAAAUUUGUCUUUCCUAAGCACACGUUGCUUCCUGGCCGUCGUCGGCUCUCAGCCCGCCAGGCACCUGGAAAGCGCUUUGCUUGAUUGCUGGAAAGAACCCAUAAUUCGAGUCGAACGCUUGGUCUUCUUCCGUCGGACCUCUGCUGAAUAGUCUCCUUCGUUUGCUGAUUUCGCACCCUUUGGCACAACUGCAGCGCUUCCAAACAACACUACUUGCGUAUGCUCGCGUGUAUCGGCGCUACUUUUUUACCGCGCGUCCCCCCGCGACAGAAGAAUAAUUUCGUUCCUGAAGGCAGACUGAAUCCAUUCCGCUCUCGUGCUCUUCUGUUCCGUUCUGUUUUUUCACGGCUCUUCUGGAUCACACUUGCGUUCGUUGGUCGGUGCUUGCAGUUCCGUCGACCCCAGGGGGUUGUCGUUCGGGUGUCUAUACGCCGCACGGAUUCCCCCGGAAACGCCGCAGGGCGGGUUCUUCUGAAAAAGAAGCUUUUUUCGUGAAGUACGGAUUGUUCCCGUUGUGGGAAAACGGCAGGACUCGAUGUGCAUGAAUUGCCAGGUCCAUCUUCCUGUCAGCCGCGAUCGAGUCUGAAAAGACCACUGAAUUGCUGGUUUCAGGUCGGUCCGCAGUUUCCCCGUGCACCACUUGGUCUGUUAUCACUCGUCUCCUUUUCAUCACCCGCGUGCUGCCAACGAUUUCUUCCAUUUCGUGGUUGUCGUAUCGGGAAAUCUGUGUAGCCCUGCAUUUUCACCAGUCGCUCACUCCACUCGACGGGGUGACGAAAAGGUCUGCGAGAAGAAAUCGACUGUCCUUCAAAUCCGUGUGGAGUUUUCUAGUUUUGUACUCCGCUCUGAGGUGGGUCCGCUUCCCUUUCCCGCCAAGGUCUAGGACAAUUCCAGCCUACUCUCUCCCGUGAUUCUCGGAUCCUCGCGGCUCCAUCACCUCACCUGUCUCUUCGGGGUGCUGCGUGGCGGACGUUUCGCUGAUGAACCCUGUGGCGCGUUGAUCCGACUUUUCUGACGGUGACUUCGACUCCCGCUAUCGCGUGCAUCACGUUGUGACCCAUGGCACCGCCCGGAGAAAGUCGAGGCCGCUGCGCCUCAUGCUGCACCUGUUGCCCGGUGGAGGCGCCCCGAUCUUUCUGCGGACUUCUCGGUUGUUUCUGCGGCUGCGACUUGACAACUCGAGACUUCCUUCGCCUUCUGCCUUGUCUGCUCUGGUGCUUCAUGUCGAUUCUCUCCUCGGUCCUCCACGUCGUCGUUCCCGUCUGCGAUGACCGGUUCCCUGCGACGAUGCCCAUGUUCUGGGGCUGGUUGUCAGCUCUCCCCGCAUCUGUGUGCGCCGUGUUGAUCAUGCUUUACCACCGAGACUCCAUUCAAGAGCGCGGGUUCUCCAAAGAGACUGCGAGGAAUUUUGGGCUGUUGUACGGCUUCAUUUCCGUGGUGGGCUGCUUCGUCUACUUCACCUUCGUCUUCUCUGCAAUCGUCAUGGUCUUUCGGUGCAACGCGGCCAUCACUGCCCAGGGAAUGAACUGCGAUCCGGGGAACUUCGGCUACAACGCGUUCUGGUUCUUCAUGACAGUCACCUGGUUGAUAUUCCAGAGCUGCCUGACUCCGCGCGCGCGGUUCAUUGAGGAACUGAUUUUGAAGCACGAGCAAGUGCAAGCAGCUGCAGGAACGAGCCUCGCGGUCAUGCCGGGAUCUCCUGCUUACGCAAACGGUGCAGGAGCGACAGGCGUCAGCGUCCAUCCUACUGUUUAUGGCAAUCCAGCCGGACGCAGUGGAUAUGAGACACCCAUGGUCUACGGUAGUCCCACCGAAAUGACGGGUCCCGCGACAUACGCGAAAACGGCAGAAGCCUCGAAUUAGCUUGUGUGCGGUGCGCAUACAGCAACGGACUUGCCUAGGCUACGAGGCGAAGGAAAAACUAAGAGGAGUGAAGCGUCAGCUAGCGUGUGAGCCUGAAGAAGCUCACGAAUUGAUGUCUGUGCUGCCGAGCGCAGCAACAGGAAUCGGUACAGUGUAGGAGAUUUCUUCAGUUCAACACGCUGGAAGGGUUCACAGGAGAACCGUCGUAUUCUGGGGUGACGCGAGCACGUUGUGCAGUUGCGUCUGACAAAUGCGUUGUCACUUUCCUAAGGUUUCUGAGAGGUUAGAAUCGGAGGUUCGUUUUAUCUGGUUUCGGCGUGGGCGAAAGCCAAAUCGGUGUCGUCGAGGUUUUCGACAUUUGGUCUUGGGAGCUGUUGGGGGCGUUGCACUUGCCCGAACAGAAAUCCCAGUGUACAUCCGCCCCGGAGGGGAAAGUCUCGGUUUUGUGUGGUGCCCUGCGGUUGCGUUCGAUAAGGAAUCGUGAGCGUCACACAGUUUUUUCUCGGUUUGCGAAGCUUCUCGGGGGAGCAACUCGUUCAGCAGAGGGCCAUUGCUUAUGGUGGGUCUGUUUUAUAUAUCCCUCACUCCAGUCUGAUGGUUAGAAUCCCAACGCGGCUGUCACGACGAGCGCGCCUUUCGAAAAGGGAGGGAAGCUGAGCCGUGAGUUUGGUGUCAUGAGCCAAGUCGUUAUGGUUUGGGAGAAAUCAAAACAGGGGUUAGUUUCGGGUCCUGUAAAGGAAUCGGUGCACGCGUGCACAACGGUCGAAGCUCUGCGUAGAGAGCCUCCGUUUCCGAGGCAGGGUAAAGGGUGCUAGGUGUUGUUUUUUGGUGUGGAAGUCUGACACAGCCAAGGGGACUCUGCGGUGGUUUUAGUACCCAUCGUGGUCCAUACUUGGUCGCAAGGGGCCGAGGUACAGCGUAGGACAAACACGCGUUCGAGAGUGUUCAAGGGAUGAAGACGGUCAAACAUGGCAGGCUGAGUCGUUUUUGUAGAAGCCUGCGUCUGGCGCGGCCUGAUCGGUUUGUGUACCGUGUGCUCAAGUGGAGUACAGGGGAAUGUUGGUGUGUCGAGGUACUUUUUUGGAACAGAAUGUCUGCGCAGUGAGCGUGAACGGGUUGCUUUGUAAGCUCAAGAAUGGAAUUCAGGACUAUUGGGAACAGUGCGUAUGUACACAUGCGUCAUGCAAAUUUUAAGAGGGCACAACGAGCUCCGUGUGACGCUUGGGAAGCUGUCGGUUUAUGUACGGCAUUUUUUCGAUGGUGAUUCGGCGGAAGCGUGAGAAUGCUGCGAGUUGGUGCCGGGACGUUUCCCCCUUGACUUUGCCAGCAGCAGUGUUCCGUGACCAUCGUUGAAUCGUGGAAUUGGUUUUUGCGACAGCCUCCGACAAGUGCCGGUUCUUCAUGACGGGUGUCAGCGCACGCCAAUAACUCGGCCUUCAUCAGAGUCCGGAGUAGCAUAUCCCGAAGGGUUUCCUUCACGAAGACUGGAAAGCUGGCUAAACCUACCGAGGCUCGUUGGAGAAUCGGCGGCAUCUGUUUUGUAUGUCGAACGUCAUGUAUGUUAAAAUUAAUGGGUAAUCUUUUUCUUUGAUUCCUUCCCCUUCGACGAAGUGUAGUAUCUGCGGGCACGGCAUCAGAACAGAACUUCUCGAGGUGGUCUACCCCGGACCCGUAUGGCAAGCAUAUGAGACUGGCCAUUCAAAGAAAGGAAAAUAUCGUUCACCGAAGGCAGUAUCACACCCCUGAAAUCCUGAAGAAUAAUGUUCCACGUCGUGUUUCUGUCCCCUUAUAACUACUGUGAGAAGUCGUCCUCGACAUUUGCGGCUCCAGGACGACGAUCUGGCGAAGAGCUACAAGUUUCGGUCGAAGGGAAACAUGCCUAUGACUCGGUCAAACGUGGACAGUACCCAUGCAUAGCCUCCGAGUCUCAAGCAGAUGCAGUUUGACCAACCGUGUGGCAGCAAGAUGCAGCUGCUUUACGUGAGGCAGAUGUUCGAUCCUACAUGGCCUGCACAGAGCCAAAAAGUGUGCACUAGAACAGUUUUUUC